AUGGGGUUUAAAACCUUAGAAGAAUUUGCGCGUACACAUAGCAGUGAUAUUAUUUUGAAAAUCACCGAAAAGAGAGAUGCUUUUCUUGAUUUUAUAGAAUCACCGAUAAAUAGACCUGACGUAUUUGCUCUCAUGAUGGAGAUUCUAUCGAAAGUUUGCCAGUCGUCGUUUGACAGUCUAAAAUUAAAAAUUCUAAUUGAAGUGUGUGAAUCGCAAUUCUUGGUAAAUUUGCAAGGUUACUUAAUGAAUUUACCAUAUGAAAGCCGAAAGUCUGCAAAUAUGUUAUAUUGGAACAAUCAAGCUGAAUUUUGGAAUAACUUUUUAUUUUUCUGCGAGAGCCUCACUAAUGCUUCACCUUCGACAGCGCUACGUAAAUGCCGAUCACUAAUAGAGGGUACAACGAAAUUUUGUUUGGACGGUUUAAAUGAACGUCAUAAUUUUAGACUGCCCGAGGAGAACAUUAAAAAGUGGAAUGAACUUCGAGAGAGAUUAACACUACAAGAACAAAGUGAUGAGGUAAAACAAAAGACUAAAAGGUUUUUUGUGGAAAAAGAAGAAUCCGAUCCACCUGAAAACUUCCGGGAUCUUAGCGUAAUACCAACUUGUGAUGAUCUCCUAGAGCGACGACCGUUCGUCCGUCCGAACAUUGUUGAUGGCGCCUACAAAGAUAUAGAACACUACUUAGAUGUUCAGUUCAGGUUACUACGAGAAGAUUGCUUCGGCCCGCUUCGUGAAGGAAUACGUCAAUAUAUUAAAGAGCCUUCGAGACAUAAAUACGAUAAUAUCCGAACCUUUCAAAACGUAAAAUUUUUGGAACCUUACAUUUCCCAGCUGAAAUUUGGUUACCUCGUACAACUGGAUCAAAAAAUUACCAAAAGGUUCAAAAAAAUUAAUUGGGCCCACAGCAAGCGUUUUAUUUAUGGUUCGCUUGUGUUAUUUACCAAAGAUCGGUGUAAAAGUUUUUUAAUUGGUACAAUUUUGGAUCGUGAAGUGAAGUAUAUGGUAGAUGGAAAGAUACCGAUAUCAUUAGUAAACGAAGGUAUUAGUGCGGACAUUUGUUACAAUAAUGAGACAUACACAAUGAUUGAAAGUGAAGUUUAUUUUGAACCUUACUAUCAUGUACUAAACGCAUUAAAAGAUCCAAAGUUUCCAGAUGAUUUAGCAAUGCGCAAAUACAUUGUUAGUGUAGACCCAGAGCCAAAACUUCCAAGUUAUUUGACGCCAAGUCAAACCUACAAAGUGAAUUCUGAGGAUUUUUUAGAUAUUCUAUUUACCAUAGAUGACAACCAAACAUGGCCGUCAAAUGAACAGUUAGGCUUAAAUGAAAGUCAGUAUGAAGCGUUUAAGUUGGCUCUUACCCAUGAAUUCUCAGUUAUUCAAGGCCCUCCGGGCACUGGGAAGACUUUUCUUGGGGUUAAAGUUGCAACGGCCUUGUUACAAAAUUUUCAGAAACAUCGAAACAAAUGUGUUUUACUUUUGAUAUGUUACACAAACCAUGCUUUGGACCAGUUUUUAGAAGCAAUUUUGCCUAUCACAGAGUCCAUCGCACGUAUUGGGGGCCAAUCUCGAAGUGAACGUAUGAUGAAAUAUAACAUUGCAAAUCUGAGGCAUACGUUUUGUAAGCAGCACAGCAGACACAUGUUUACCGAUGAAAGAACAAAAGUAAAAACAUUGCACAACGAACUCAAGUAUGCGCAAGAACGUUUUCACCGUAUAAAUAAUGAUGUGCUUAGUUACGAUUGUGUAAAAAGAUACGUCCCUGAAAGCAUUCUUUUGCAACAGUUUUAUAAAAAUGGUGACAAAGAUCCCUUACAUCAGUGGUUAUUUGAAAAUAUUAAUUAUGACGCUGAGCAAUUUACACGUAACGAUUUAGAGGAAGAAAAUAAUUUGAUGGAAAAUGAUGAAGAUAAUCCAAUACUUAAGAGGGACGACACUUUUUUGGACGAUCUAAACGACGAUAACGACCCUGGAAUAAAUAAAAUCCUAGAACACAUAACGUUCUCUUUUUCGUUAGAUAACACAAUUCUAGAAAUUAGAAAUCUGGAUUCAAUAUACAAUAAAACAGAAAAGGAGAAUCAAAAAAGGGGACUUUUUGCAGAAAUGCAUAAGCUAACAUGUCAUAUACAACUUUUUAGAGAAAUGUCUGCAUAUCGACGACAGGCCAAGAAAGUUUCUCUACAAUUAAAUAAUCCUACACUUAUGACAACCGAAGAACGCUGGUGCUUAUACUUUAACUGGGCUGAUGUUGUAAAAACGCAUCUCUUGACAAACAUGGAGCCGCUGCAGCUAGCUUUUGUGGAGGCUAGUGCAGCUUACGAAGAGGCCAGAAUGGUGUUAGACCAAGAAUUGUUAAAAGGUGUAAAUGUGAUUGGCAUGACUACAAGUGGGGCAGCAAGACUAAGAAAACUAUUGAAAUCUAUUGCACCUCCAAUAGUUAUAGUAGAGGAAGCUGCUGAAGUACUUGAGCAGCAUAUAAUAACAUCAUUGACGCGACAUUGCCAACAUCUCAUUCUUAUUGGUGACCAUCAGCAACUACGGCCAUCAGCGGCGCAUAUGAAGCUUGCCAAACAUUAUAAUAUAGAAGUAUCUCUUUUCGAGCGCAUGAUCAUGAAUAAUAUCCAUAGUCGCAGGCUCGAGGUACAACACCGAAUGCGGCCUGAAAUAUCCGCUCUCAUCAGCCCCCACAUCUAUGUAGAUCUAAAAAACCAUCCCUCUGUAGAGAACUUCCCCGAUGUACGAGGAAUGACGAGCAAUGUAUUUUUCUUUACCCACGAUUAUAAAGAAAACGAUGUUGAAGAUACAGCGAGCAAAUCUAAUCAAAAGGAAGCAGAUAUGGUCCUCGGACUCGCUAACUAUUUAAUUCUUCAGGACUAUGCCCCCGAGGACAUAACGAUUUUAUCUGCCUACUCCGGACAAAUGUUCUACAUGAGAAAGAAUCGCUCUUUAUAUCCACAUUUAUCCAAAGUGAAAAUUACCGUGGUGGAUAAUUAUCAAGGCGAGGAAUCAAAAAUAAUCUUACUAUCCCUCGUCAGAAAUAACGAUCAAAACAAAAUCGGAUUUCUGGGCACGGAAAACAGAAUUUGCGUGGCAUUAUCAAGGGCCCGAGAAGGUUUCUACUUAUUUGGAAAUAUUGAUAUACUUAGAAAAAAUUCAGAAUUGUGGGAGAAAAUCGCACUAACUUUGGAAAACAACGGGUCUAUUGGAAAAACCUUAAAAUUACGUUGUGAAGGUCACCGAAAAGAAAUAACCCUCAUUUCAAAUGCACAAGACUUCAAAAAAGUACCAGAAGGUGGAUGUAUGUUAAAAUGCACUGCUAAUUUGUCUUGUGGUCAUCAGUGUCCACUGAUGUGUCACGGAUAUGAUCGCGGACAUGUUACAACCCAAUGCAUAUUAAGAUGCGAAAGGAUCUUAUGUGAAAAUGGACAUGUUUGUCCAUUGGAAUGCAAAGUUCCAUGUGAGCCCUGCAAAGUGAUGGUAUUAAAGAAGUUGCCCUGUGGCCAUGACAUGUCACUGCCUUGCCAUUUGGAGACUACAGACGAGUCAGUCAUGUGUGUCACCAAAGUCACUGUAACUUUACCAAAUUGUGGCCACGAGGCGAAAAAGGCAUGUUACCUGGAAACAAAAAAUGUAAUUUGCCUGGUUCCCUGCAUAUAUCGUGUAGAAAAAUGUGGUCACAAAUGUACACGCACUUGCCACGUUUCUUACGAUCCCAAUCAUGAAAAGUAUGUAUGUCCAAGGCCUUGUGCUAAAGCAAAGAAAGGAUGCACGGCGAAUUUAAUAGGAGAUCGGGGAGAUCAUCAGUGCCCCAGGAAGUGUCACGAGGAUUGCGACCUGUGCACUGUGGAAGUGAUUAAAAAGCGAUCGAAUUGCAAACAUUCGGAACGUGUCCCUUGCAACAAAGACGUAAACGAAACCCCAUGUCUCAAAAAAUGUUCACGUUCGUUGCCCUGUGGUCACUUCUGUAAGAAAAAAUGUUCCGAAAAUUGCGGAGAUUGUAAAGUAAAGAUUACAAAAUCUAUACCUGGUUGUCAGCACACUAUUGAAAUUGAAUGUGAUGUAACUCCAACUCGUGAGCUGUGCACGCAGAAAUGUAGCCGUACAUUGUCGUGCGGACAUCCGUGCGCAGGCAUGUGUAAAGACGAAUGCGACUUAACGUCAUGCAGAUGGAAAAUAAGAAGCAAUUUUGACUCGCCAUGCGGUCAUAAAGUUCAAUUACCAUGUAAUGUUUACCGUGCUUCAACAACCGGUAUACCAGAAGACGUUUACUUGAGUAACUGCGACGCACCGUGCACGGAAAUACUAGCCUGCGGUCACUUAUGUCAGGGCACAUGCUCCGAAUGUCUCCAGGGCCGCCUCCACGUUCCUUGCAAGCAGAUUUGUCAUCAAAUGAACGUUUGUGGACAUCAAUGUAAAGAGCCCUGCAAUCAAGUGUGUCCUCCGUGCAAAUUGCAAUGCGAAGUUGAAUGUGUACACUCGCGUUGCAACAAGCUGUGUGGCGAACGUUGUGUGCCUUGUCAGGAGGAGUGUGGGCGGCGGUGCAAGCACGGCGCGUGCUCGCGGCGCUGUGGCGAGCCGUGCGCGGUCGCGCCGUGCUCCGCAGCCUGCGAGCGCGCUCUGCCCUGCGGACACGCCUGCCGCGGCCUCUGCGGCGAGCCCUGCCCCGACAUCUGCAACGUCUGCCGCCCAGACGACUUCCCCAAAGACUUCCUCGGCGACGACUACGACGAUGAUGCCAAAUUCAUUCAGUUACAAGACUGUCAGCACGUGAUGGAAUUGGAAAAUAUGGAUACAUUAAUGACGGGAGACAAGGAAACGAUCGGUGUCCGCCAAUGUCCUUUCUGCCGCAAGCCGAUAAUUAACACCAAUCGCUACAAAGAUCUGGUGUACAAAAUGAUGGUAACUGAAAUAAAUCCAGUAAAGGAACGCGUUUACGGGAAUAAAAGGAAAAUAAAAAUGAGACAGAAUGAAUUGUGUCUAAAACUAGAGGAAUUUUCCGCAAAACAUAAUAUAGAGAAUGCACCCUGGCGUAAAACAUUUUUAAAACUCAAAGAAGCUCAAAAGAAACUGAAAAAAAUGUCACUGCUAAGCUUGGACAUGAUAUUUAUUAAUUUGGAUAUAUUAGAAAUGGUUUCCGAUAUUUACAAGAAGCAUCGCCUGGCCAAUUCAACAGAACUUGAAUCGGAACUGGUUAAACACAUUGAAAGGAUAUCUAAAUAUUUGUAUAGCAACAUACACAAAAUAAGUCAACAACAACAAAAAGACAUUGGAAAUGAGAUAAAACGUUUGGACGCUAUCAGUCAGCUAAGCAAGAUAAUGAGUCAUGAUGCUUUUAAAGCUUCAAAAUCUAAUACUGCAGUAGAACAAGCAUUUCUCGCUGCCAGAGAACUAAUACUCGGUUGGCGUAUUUACGAUGAAGAGAGAGCGCUUCAGUCACUGCAGCGGUUACAAAAAACAGUGAAAGUAUCUGGCAUAGUAACAAAACAGGAGCGUGACUUAAUAGUUAAAGCAAUUGGUCUUAAAGCUGGCCAUUGGUUUAAAUGUCCAAAUGGUCAUUUCUAUUGUAUUGGAGAAUGUGGUGGAGCCAUGGAAGUUAGCAAAUGUGUUGAAUGCGGCGCCGCCAUAGGCGGUCGAUCUCAUACGCUGCUUAAUACUAACACUCUUGCACCUGAAGUUGAUGGAGCUCGUUUCGCAGCAUGGUCUGAUCAGUACAAUAACAUGGCUAAUUUCGAUUUUAAUUAA